CGCAACUCGAGUACAAGUCCUGACAUCAGUCUACUGGUAAGUCAGUCACACGCCUACUGGCUCCCUUAUUUUUCUUUCAACUCCAUUCCUCUUUUACCUGAAAAAAAACUGUACAAAAUACAGAUGUUAUUCAGACUGGUUGGAUUUGUUUAAUGAAAACAAAGAUAUCGGCGACUUUAUCGUCAGCCGACCGCUUUGGUACUAACAUUAUUGGUUUUAGCUUGCAGCUUAUCAGCUGCACUUCGUACCAACAGCAAGAUGUUGGAAACUAAAAUCUUCAAGCCUUAUGACAAGAGACUUGACCAGGAAGAAUGGCCUCAACUUCGGUUAGUUGAUGCUGUUGUCUACAAGCAUGUGGCAGACGGGCCGGAUAAAAUUUGCGAUUUGCUCGAUGUCCACUUUACGAAACCAUUGAGGGUUACAGGUACACUUGUCAAGAUGCCUGCUAAAUUCAACAAGAUAGUUAUAGGUAAAUAAAAUGAAACCCAUAACUUGAUGCAUUUUAUAUGCUAUAUAUUAACCUGCUGCCAAACAGAUCUUCCCGUAACUAGUCAAAGACGAGAUUCUGUUAAGACGGCAGCUGCCCUUGCUAAGGGUUUGGGUGGAACUACAAUAACUCUAACCGACGUCCACACUUAUGCAAUACAAUCUUACAGGAACAAGGGAGAAAAGCCUACAAUCUGGGCUCUCGGAGGUGCGGCUUGGUAUGCGAUUUCUCCGGCGCUUGAAUACCGCGAGUGUUUUGAUCAGUCCUUAGAGAAAGCGAGUGCCUGGGACAUGGUCCUGGGCCUGGCUGAGGGUCCUGAUUCUAAACAGCUCACCGUUGAAAAGCUGUUUACCAAAGUAAUUUCCUCAAUAUUUGUAUCUUUCUACUCCAACAGCUAACUAUUAUUCCAGUACUUUAAGAAGUAUCCAAGUUGCAAAAGUGUUAAUGGUGCAGAAACUAUAUUCAGAGAAUUCCGAAUUUUUCUUAUGGUAAAGAUAUUAGACCGUAUCGACUCCUCACCUACCGCAACAGCUAGAACCAUGUGGCGAAAUUUCUGCCUUUCAAAGUGGUUAACCACUGAAUAUAAUGUAUGAUAAGGUUCCAAUCUGUUAAGCGCUGCUAACUUUAUCUUCAGGGGAUUGCGAAGAGUGUUCAAGGACUGCUGAAGGCAGGACAGACAGAUGGAAAGCUUUCCACCGAUCGGCUCACCCUUUCUCUAAAUAUCCAAUAUUUUUUCGACUCCUUGGAGUCAUUUGUACUUGAGGGAAAUCUUGAACUCUCCCAAUUUACUAGAGAGUGGUUGAUUUCCUUCAUUGUCAGAAAAUCUGGCGAGAAGACCCAGGACGCUCAGUUACUUUUACAGGAACAAGCCAACUACUUGAGCACCUCAAUGAUCCGUAGUCGCCAGGUCAACUGGGUUCAGUCCAGUUUGUAUAGCGACUUGUUACUUAUGUCAGGCGAAGUCCCGUCUGACGGCGACAAUGAUGAAGCGACCGUGGGGGCUCCGGCCACGAGGGUUAAGAACGGUGGCUCCGGAAAAGGCGAGGUGGUGGCUACCGCAAACCUAAUCCCCGCAGAGGGCCGUUCACCAGACGCGCUUGAUGAAGUCAACGACAUGGAUCAAGACAACCACUCGACUUCUGCAUGCAUCCAACCUCCGAGAUCCGCCAAAGGAAAAUCUGUUUUAAGGCCGAUUAUGACUCCCUCUGUCCAGCAAAAGUCCGCGGAAGAGAGCGGCAUUUCCUCUCUACCCUCCUCCCCGCCCCAAUCCUCCCAUUCAACUCCCGUUACUGUCGAAAAGUUGGUCGCACCAGGCCCUUCCACCCUUCACAAGAGACAGCUUAGUGGUAGCGCUACAGGCUCCCAAGAACCAGCCAAGCGCAGCCGCGUUGCCGGGGGAUCACCGGAGGGUGCCGACAGCGGAGAUGCAGAUGACGAGGACAAUUGGCCACCCUUGAUUCCCGGUAGAGGCAGACCUCCAAUUGUCUGCCGCAAAUUCAUCAGCAUGAAGCCCGACGAUGGCGGGACUUGGUGGCGCUGUAAAAUCAAUGGCUGUUUGACUAUUCUACCAGACGCCCACCUUGCUUCUGGAAGGGUCGUUAUCCAAAAACACAUAGACGACCAUCGUGAUACCAUUGUGCGCGCCGGUCACGUCAUCCAUCAAAUGCCCCGUGAGGAUCAUGCUCUCGAGUUCGUGCCCCCAGAAACAUUCUACUCCCUUGUUUUGUACGAUAUGUGCUAAUAGAAUGUGUAGCGCCCUUCUCGACAAGAUUGAGAGGAUGGCCGCGGCCUGGGAGCAAGCCCAGCAGGAAAAUCUGGAGGGUUUCGACGAACUCAACCGCUCCCUUAUCGAGCUCGACCGUCAGCGCGAGCGCGAGCGCGCCUUAGCCGGGGAAGAGGGCAAGCAAGAGCCUGAGGAACAGGCAAAUGCUUCCGAUGAGGAGCCCGCCAAUGGGGAAAGAAAGGGGAGGGGGGGAUGGAGGGGGGGGUGGAGAGGAAGAGGAAGGGGGGGAGGAAGGGGAAGGGGGAGGGGGAGGGGGAAACAAUAA